AUGUGGUGCAAAACAGAAAUCUCCGGGAUAUUGACUGCCGUCUUGCUGGCGGCCCAAGAUGCCGCGGGCCAAGCCACCGUGACAUCCAUACGAGCCAUUGCGCUGCCCACGGCACGCCCUUCAAAUGCCUUCGAAGUCCCCCCUGAUUUUCCCAGCGUGGGUUUCGAAACAGCCUUUCUCGCCGGCUACAACAACUCAUUCUCCAACAAGCUGGUGGCGUCGCUAGCCUCGCGCAUGGCCGUGCCGCCGGUCAUCAGAAUCGGGGGAACCAGUGGGGACCUCAUCACCUUCAAUCCGGGCCAAGCAGAACCGGCUCAUUGCACCGAGAAGGCUAAAGCCUGUGACUCGAAUGCCAGCUUCAUCCUCGGACCGAGCUACUUUGAGGUCUUCACAUACUUUUACCAGUCCGUCCACUUCUCCAUCCAAGCCCCGCUCGGCGACGGCGAGCCCAACCGCACCAACAUCGUGGCCUAUGUCAAGCGUGCCUACGACGCCUUGGGCAGUGCCGCGCGCGUUAACGCCAUCGCUAUUGGAAACGAGGUGAACUGGUACCAUGACAAGCAAUAUGAUGCCGUCGAGUACGUCGCCGAUGCAAAAGUCGCCAAGGACGCCAUCACCUCGGCCCUGGAGCUCGGCAGCGACCCCAUCUGGGAGAUUCUGGACACGGCGUCUGGGCAGGCGUCCAACGGCAACGCCCCGUACACGGUCGAAGGCGUGUUCGAUGCGGGCAUUAACCGUGAUGACCGGGUUAAGUACGUGGCCGAGCAUUACUACCAGUUUGACGGCAAGACCCACGGUAUCCGGGACCACCUCCUCAACCACACCGCCGUCCGGCGCAAGCUCGCCAACUACCUUCCCAGCAUCCAAUACACGCACAACACGCCCGGGACAAGGUUCAUCCUCAGCGAGACGGGCGGGCCCCUUGGGGUGCACGAGGAGGACCAGACCUUCUUCGCCAACACGCUCUGGUCCGUCAACUUCCAGCUCUACGCCAUGAGCCUGGGCGUCAGCCGCGUGUCGGGCACGCAGCGGCCCGAGGCCCGGCGCAGCCUGUGGAUCCCCACGGCCGGGUUGGCCGCCCCGGGCCCACGCGUACAAGCCCCCUACUACGCGCUCCCGUUCAUCGCCGACUUUAUCGGCAAGACGGCCGCGGGCGGGAAGCGAGGCGUCGUCGACUUGGAUCUCGGCAGUCCCGUCCUCAGCGCCUACGCCAUGUUUGAGGGCCAGACCCUGGCCCGCGUCGCCGUCGUCAACUUGCGCGAGUACGCGGGCGGGGCCACGCGGAACGCGGUCAAGGUCCGUCUCCAGAACCUGGGUGCUGCGGUCAGCCAGGUCCAGGUCGGGCGGCUGCAUGCCGACGCGGGGACGGCGGCCGGAGGGUUUGAUGUGAAUGGGAAGAAUAUCACGUGGGCGGGCCAGCAAUGGAGCUACAAGGCGGACAAGGGCGACGGUCACGGCACGGUACAGAUGAAGACUCUUGGAGUUACCGGAGGUGUGGCAGAAGUCGUUAUUCCGGAUACCGAGGCGGUGAUUGUAUAUGUGAAAUAA